AUGGAUUUAAUAAUUCACAAUUAAGAAAAAGCAGAUCCAUUAGAAUUUAAAGAAUUGAUAUUAAUACCAAAAGUAAAUCGUUUUUCUAUCAACUUAUUCUAGUUCAAAAGUUUCAAACAUCCUACACUUGUUAAAUAUAAUAGUCAAAGAUAAAGUCAAUAUUAAGUAGGAGAUGAGAUCCACAUUUUGCUGCAUCCAAUUAACUCUGAACCUUCCCUAUAUCAAUAAUUAUAAAAAUUGUAGGUAAAAGUGAGUUUAGGACAAAUGGAACAAAACAAAUACAAUCUUAAUCAACUGAUAUUUUAGACUUCAAACUUUGAGCAUUUAAUGGCUAAUUGUUUAUUUUUGAGGAAUAUUGCGCAAAAAUCACCUUCUUCGCAAUUAUUAAUGUAAAAUGAAGUAGUCAAUUAAAAACCAAAUUGA